GGUGGCCGGCGUUUAUAAAGGACCGCGCGCCUCUCGCAUCCCAGUCCGCGCUGAGCUCCUCUGCGCCUCGCCUCGGGGCUGCAACCUCUGCCUUGCUAUGGCUCCCAGCGGCCCCCGGCCAGCGCUGCCUGCCCUCCUGAUCCUGCUCGCGGCUCUGCUCCCAGGACCUAGCCAUGCCCAGACGUCUGUAUCCCCCCAAGGGAUCAUCCUGCCCCGGGGUGGAUCCGUGCUAGUGAACUGCAGCAGCUCCUGUGAUCAGAGGCCCUUCUUGGGCCUGGAGACUCCGCUGACUAAAAGGGAGGUGCUCCCAGGUGGGAACAACUGGAAGAUGUUUGAACUGAGCAAUGUGCAAGAAAACAGCCAGCCAAUAUGCUUUUCAAACUGCGGUGGUAGACAGUCGACAGCGAAAACCUUCCUCACCGUGUACUGGACUCCAGAACGGGUGGAGCUGGCACCCCUCCCUGCUUGGCAGCCGGUGGGCGAGAACCUUACCCUACGCUGCCAGGUGGAGGGCGGGGCACCCCGGGCCAACCUCACCGUGGUGCUGCUCCGUGGGGAAGAGGAGCUGAGCCGGCAGCCGGUGGUGGGGGAGCCUGCUGAGGUCACGGUCACGGUGCUGGCAGGCAGAGAUGAUCACGGAGCCAAUUUCUCGUGCCGCACUGAAUUGGACCUGCGGUCCCAAGGGCUGGAGCUGUUCGAGAACACUUCGGCCCCCCACCAGCUCCAAACCUUUGUCCUGCCAGCAACUCCCCCACAACUUCUCAGCCCCCGGAUCCUGGAGGUAGACACGCAGGGGACGGUGGUCUGUUCCCUGGAUGGGCUGUUCCCAGUCUCGGAGGCCCAGGUCCACCUGGCGCUGGGGGACCAGAAGCUGAACCACACAAUCACCUAUGGCAUCGACUCCCUCUCGGCCAAGGCCUCGGUCAAGGGGACCGCAGAGGAUGAGGGCACCCAGCGGCUGUUGUGUGCAGUAAUACUUGGGAAUCAGAGCCAGGAGAUGCGGAAGACAGUGACCGUCUACAGCUUUCCGGCACCCAGAGUGAUUCUGAUGGAGCCUGUGGUCUCAGAAGGAACCGAGGUGAUCGUGAAGUGUGAGUCCGACCCCAGAGCCAUGGUGAUGCUGAAUGGGGUCCCAGCCCAGACACUGGGCCCGGGGGCCCAAUUACGGCUGAAGGCCAGGCCCGAGGACGAUGGACGGAACUUCUCCUGCUCUACAACCCUAGAGGUGGCUGGACAGGUCGUACACAAGAACCAGACCCUGGAGCUCCGUGUGCUGUAUGGCCCCAAACUGGACGAGAAGGAUUGUCCGAGAAACUGGACGUGGCCAGAAAACUCCCAGCAGACUCCGAUAUGCCAGGCUUGGGGAAAUCCCUCACCCCAGCUUGAGUGUCUAAAAGAUGGCACUUUGCCACUGCCCAUCGGGAAAUCAGUGACUGUCACACGGGAUCUUGCGGGAACCUACCUCUGUCGGGCUACGAGCACUCAGGGGGAGGUCACCUCCGAGGUGAUCGUGAACGUGGUGACCGUGCCCUCCCCCCGGCAUGAGAUGGUCAUCAUGGCCAUAGUGCUGACUGCAGCCAUCCUGGGCACUGCAGGCGUCGCCAUGUACCUCUAUAACCGCCAGAGGAAGAUCAGGAAAUACAGACUCCAACAGGCUCAAAACAGGACCCCCAUGAAACCCAUCACACAAGCCACGCCUCCCUGAACCUACCCCAGGAUGGGGCCCCUUCCUCGACCCUCCCAUCUGGUGGUAGUGGUGCCACACAGAACAGAGUGGCAGACAUAUGCCAUACAGCUACACCCAGAGACUCUGGGAUGCCAGAGGACAGGGCAUUGGUCUCAGUCAGAUGCAGACGGCAUUUGGGGCCAUGGCACCUGCUGCACACCGAAAACACUAAGCCAGGCAUGUGAUCUGCAGUCACGUGACUAAGCCAAGAGGAAGGGGCAAGACUCAAGAUGUGACUGUGAUGGACUUCAAAGUCCAGCCUGGUGAGAGGGGAAGGGGUGGGGGAAGCAUACCCCUACCAUAAGGACACACAGCCAGGAAAUACUGAAAUUCGAUGGCCAUGGGGUAAGCUAAUGCCCCACAGCCCUAAGGAAGAAGUGGCCCUGCACAGACAAGUGUCGCAUCAAAACACAAAUGCCCGCACUUCCCGACAGAUGCCAGCUUGGGCACUGCUGUCUAUUGACUGUCCCCAACCCUUGAUAUGUAUUUAUUCAUUUUUUAUUUUACCAGCUAUUUAUUGAGUGCUUUUUAUGUAGGCUAGGAUGGCGAACAAGAUGAACAUAGGUCUCUGGCCUCACGGAGCUCCCAGCCACAGUCACAUUCAGGGUCACCAGGUACAGUUGUACAGGUUGUACACUGCACAAGAGUGCCUGGCAAAAAGAUCAAAUGGGGCUGGGACUUCUCAUUGACCAACCUGCCUUUCCCCAGAAGGAGUGAUUUUUCUAUUUGGCACGAAAGCACUAUAUGGACUAGUAAUGGUUACAGGUUCAGAACUGGAGCGACCCAGUGAGGCCUUACUCCUCCUUCUCCUCAAAAACAGACGCCUUUCUUAGCCACUUCCCACCCACAUACAUUCCUGCCAGCGUUCACAGUAACAGCGGUAAUGCCUGGAGAGAGUCCAGAGAAUAUGCCCGACCUCUGCCUUGUUCUGUUUGCAAUCCAGUGGGACCUCGCACUACACAGUUCCAACUUCCUGCAGUGAUCAGAGCCCUGCAAACAGGGGGCAGGGGGCCAAGGUAUUGGAGGACUCCCUCCCAGCUCUAGAAGCCUCUUUCGUGUGUAUGCGCGCGUGUGUGUGUGUGUGUGUGUGUGUGUGUGUAAGGGGGCCAAGGUAAUGGAGGACUCCCAGCUCUGGCAGCCUCUUCCGUGUGUGUGUGUGUGUGUGUGUGUGUGUGUGUUUGUAGACAAGGUCUC